AUGGCCGCGGAGCUGGCGAUGGGCGCAGAGCUGCCCAGCAGCCCACUGGCCAUCGAGUACGUCAACGACUUCGACCUGAUGAAGUUCGAGGUGAAGAAGGAGCCGCCCGAGGCCGAGCGCUUCUGCCACCGCCUGCCACCCGGCUCGCUAUCCUCGACGCCCCUCAGCACGCCCUGCUCCUCGGUGCCCUCUUCGCCCAGCUUCUGCGCACCCAGCCCCGGCACCGGCAGCGGCGCGGGCGGCGGGGGCAGCGCGGCUCAGGCCGGGGGCGCCCCGGGGCCGCCGAGUGGAGGCCCCGGCACUGUCGGGGGCGCCUCAGGAAAAGCGGUGCUGGAGGAUCUGUACUGGAUGAGCGGGUACCAGCACCACCUGAACCCCGAGGCGCUCAACCUGACGCCGGAGGACGCGGUGGAGGCGCUCAUCAGCAGCGGCCACCACGGCGCGCACCACGGCGCGCAUCACCCGGCGGCUGCUGCGGCCUAUGAGGCCUUCCGGGGCCAGAGCUUCGCGGGCGGCGGCGGCGGCGGCGGCGGCGCGGACGACAUGGGUGCCGGCCACCACCACGGCGCACACCACACUGCACACCACCACCACUCUGCCCACCAUCACCAUCACCACCACCACCACCACGGAGGCUCUGGCCACCACGGCGGAGGCGCGGGUCACGGUGGAGGCGGCGCGGGCCACCACGUGCGCUUGGAGGAGCGCUUCUCCGACGACCAGCUGGUGUCCAUGUCAGUGCGGGAGCUGAACCGGCAGCUCCGGGGCUUCAGCAAGGAGGAGGUCAUCCGACUGAAACAGAAGCGGCGCACGCUCAAGAACCGCGGCUACGCGCAGUCGUGCCGCUUCAAGCGGGUGCAGCAGCGGCACAUUCUGGAGAGCGAGAAGUGCCAGCUCCAGAGCCAGGUGGAGCAGCUGAAGCUGGAGGUGGGGCGUUUGGCCAAGGAGCGGGACCUGUACAAGGAGAAAUACGAGAAGUUGGCGGGCCGGGGCGGCCCGGGGGGCGCGGGCGGGGCCGGCUUCCCUCGGGAGCCCUCACCAGCGCAGGCUGGUCCCGGGGCCGCCAAAGGCGCACCCGACUUCUUUCUGUGAGCGCCGGACCCUGGGCCUCGUCGCCGCCGGGGACAAGUUUGCGCAGGCUGCCCCGGCCUCGGUUCGGACUCUGAGGCCCGGGACGCGCGCUCCGGCGGUGCAGUCGCAACAGCCCGGGUCCUCCGGUCCGCCCUGCGCGCCCCGCCGUGAAGCCCCAGCUCCAGGUACCUACCGCGGUGCGCCUCUCCCACCGGGGCCCGGUCCGAGCGUCUUCAGGGUCGCCGUCUAGACUUUGCCGGGGUCCCACGGCGCCCCGAGAACGGUGAAUACUUAAGGGAAGCCCGAGCCAGAUCUGACUUCCUUGGCAGCGUCCACUUGUACAGACGUGGAGCGCAGUUCUGCGUCCCAACCUCAGCCCAGCCGCAGCGGGGCCGCGCCGCCACCAGCUCCCGGUAGCCUCCGCCGGCCCGGCGCUCCUCUGUCGUCUUUCCUUCUGCCUCCGUUUUCUUGCCCUGUUUUUACUCCUCCUCCUCCUUUUUAAAGCGGUCAUAUUUUCGCAACAUUAAUAUUUAUUUUGCUUGGUAAUUAGAAAACCCGGAGGAACUCCCUGGUCCCCGUGCGCCCUCGGAGGUCGGCGAGUGCCCGCAUGUGCCCUCCUCGCUCAUUCGCUCUGAGGGGUCCGGCCCUGCCUGCCUUCCAACCCGCUUGUCCCCACCCUGUUCGCUGCUCCCUGUAGAGGAAGCCGAGGAACUUACCUGCGUGUUGGUCCCACUGUCCUGCUAUACUCGACUGGGGGAGGGGGGUGGGGGGUGGCCGUGCUCAGCCGGGUUGGGGCUGGCCCGGACUCCCGCGCUGCUAUUUCUCUAUGCACCAGAUCGUAUUUAUGACUCCUGGGGAAAUAUAUCUUAUUUUAACCUUCCAGAGAAGCGAAAGAAUUUAAAAAGUAAUGCACAGUUCUAGAAGAAAAAUUUUUUUAAAGAGGAGGCUUAGGCCUGAACCUCCUGGCAUGGGCGGGUGGAAAGGUGUUUUUAUUUAAUUUAAAUUGUGUUUCGUUUGUGGAAUCUUUUUUAAAGCUUGGUCGCCUUUUUGGACUAGCCGGAAGAGAGGCCCGGUGGAGGGUGUUCUAAGAUGGGCGCGUCUGCACCGGCUGAGCUCUGGCUUGAUCCCGGGUGCUCUGAGGCUCCUUCGUCCUUUGCUGCUCCCAGGUGGCUCCUGCUGAGCCUUCUGAACAGGACGCUAGACAAAUCGUUGGGGAAAAAAUUUUGUGUUGUUGGUUUUUGUUGUGUUUUUUUUUCCAUUUGUUACAAAACUGAGGAAAGGAAAAAAUUUUAAAAAAAAUAAAUCUGUUUAGAUCCAAAAGUCACUGGAA